CGCGGGAGCCGCCGCGCCCGUCCGCCCGCCGCUCCGCGCUCCACCCAGCGCACCCGGGCCCCGCGCCCCCAACUGCCUCCGGCGGCCGCCCAGUCCCGAGGGCGCCAUGAGGAGCCUGUGCUGCGCCCCACUCCUGCUCCUCCUGCUGCUGCCGCCGCUGCUGCUCACGCCCCGCGCUGGGGACGCCGCCGUGAUCACCGGGGCUUGUGACAAGGACUCCCAAUGUGGUGGAGGCAUGUGCUGUGCUGUCAGUAUCUGGGUCAAGAGCAUAAGGAUUUGCACACCUAUGGGCAAACUGGGAGACAGCUGCCAUCCACUGACUCGUAAAGUUCCAUUUUUUGGGCGGAGGAUGCAUCACACUUGCCCAUGUCUGCCAGGCUUGGCCUGUUUACGGACUUCAUUUAACCGAUUUAUUUGUUUAGCCCAAAAGUAAUCGCUCUGGAGUAGAAACCAAAUGUGAAUAGCCACAUCUUACCUGUAAAGUCUUACUUGUGAUUGUGCCAAACAAAAAAUGUGCCAGAAAGAAAUGCUCUUGCUUCCUCAACUUUCCAAGUAACAUUUUUAUCUUUGAUUUUUAAAUGAUUUUUUUUUUUUUUAUCGAAAGAGAAUUUUACUUUUGGAUAGAAAUAUAAAGUGUAAGGCAUUAUGGAACUGGUUCUUAUUUCCCUGUUUGUGUUUUGGUUUGAUUUGGCUUUUUUCUUAAAUGUCAAAAAGUACCCAUUUUCACAAAAAUGAGGAAAAUAAGAAUUUGAUAUUUUGUUAGAGCAACUUUUUUUUUUUUUUCUCACCACCCCAAGCCCCAUUUGUGCCCUGCCACACAAAUCCACCUACAGCUUUUGGUCCCUUGCCUCUUCCACCUCAAAGAAUUUCAAGGCUCUUACCUUACUUUAUUUUUGUCCACUUCUCUUCCCUCCUCUUGCAUUUUAAAGUGGAGGGUUUGUCUCUUUGAGUUUGAUGGCAGAAUCACUGAUGGGAAUCCAGCUUUUUGCUGGCAUUUAAAUAGUGAAAAGAGUGUAUAUGUGAACUUGACACUCCAAACUCCUGUCAUGGCACGGAAGCUAGGAGUGCUGCUGGACCCUUCCUAAACCUGUCACUCAAGAGGACUUCAGCUCUGCUGUUGGGCUGGUGUGUGGACAGAAGGAAUGGAAAGCCAAAUUAAUUUAGUCCAGAUUUCUAGGUUUGGGUUUUUCUAAAAAUAAAAGAUUACAUUUACUUCUUUUACUUUUUAUAAAGUUUUUUUUCCUUAGUCUCCUACUUAGAGAUAUUCUAGAAAAUGUCACUUGAAGAGGAAGUAUUUAUUUUAAUCUGGCACAACACUAAUUACCAUUUUUAAAUCGGUAUUAAGUUGUAAUUUAAACCUUGUUUGUAACUGAAAGGUCGAUUGUAAUGGAUUGCCGUUUGUACCUGUAUCAAUAUUGCUGUGUAAAAAUUCUGUAUCAGAAUAAUAACAGUACUGUAUAUCAUUUGAUUUAUUUUAAUAUUAUAUCCUUAUUUUUGUCACGGUUGUUGUCAGUUUUUAUUAUAAGCAAAUUUCUAAAUAGGCUACGUCCCAACAUGGAUAAAGACCCCAAGGUUGGUAAAAUAGCCCCAAAGAUAUGUGCAUUUUCAUUUUACAUACAGCAGAGUUGUGUUUGCAUGGAUUUUAAGGUAGUUCAAAAAAUAAACGAUGCAUAAAUCAGUGAGGUUUUGGAGUGUGAAGGAAAAUGAUGCUGUGCAAAACUGAUUGUAAUCAGGAAUGGACUGAUGGGGCUUAAGUGUAUUGACUUGGCAAAGAGUGAUGGGAGUGUGUGUCGCGAGUGGUUAGGCAGGGUGCUAGGUGCUACCACACAGUGAUGCCAAUGUAGGCUGGCCUCGAAAACCCACCGAGUAUCGUAAAUGGUUUCAACGUCGCAAAUAAACAACUUAUGAAAUGUGUUCAA